UGAAAAGGUGACCCGCACAGCAAGCAGAGUCAGCGACGACGCGAAGCCUCAUCGCAGGAUAUCGACUUCCGUCACACGCACUCACAAACAUACACACACCCGUCUGUUAGCCCGCCUGGUAACAGCUCCUGUCCUGAGUGCAUCGAACGGUAGCGGAAAUGCUGUGCACUGCGCUGGGAGCCGUGCUUGGUGUACUGCUGGCCCUAUACACCCUGUUCGAGCUGCACUACUUCCUGCGUAUGUGCCUUUGCGUGGUGACGGCGCGAUACCUCAAAAAGCGGAUGCACAUUCUGGACACGGGCACUGUGCUGGGUUUCUGCCUCACGAAUGACAUCGACACGUUGCUGUACCACAUGAACAAUGCGCGCUAUCUGCGCGAGAUAGACUUCGCACGGGUUGAUUUUUACGAGCGGACCUCCCUGUACCGGACCAUUCGAAGUAAAGGAGGAUCUGUCGUGCAGGGUGCCACUACUAUUCGCUACCGGCGGUUUAUACGCCCAUUUACGCGGUUCACGAUCAGCUCCAGAAUCGUGUACUGGGACAAUCAGUCCAUCUUCAUGGAGCACCGGUUCCUGGGCGGAACGGACGGUUUUAUUCACUGUAUCGCCUUGUGCCGCCAGCGAGUGAUGCAGUGCUCGGUCGAAGAUGUGAUGGCAACACUGCUCAAAAGUGGUAUCGCGCUACAAGGCCCCACUCUGAAGAAGCCACCGGCCACCAGCUCGACGGAGUUUCUGGAGAAAGUGGAAGUGGAAGGUGGCCUGGAUGCGGCUGGUCUCGCCAAGCCCGACCUACCACCGGAAGUGGCCAAAUGGCUCGAGUGGAACGAUAUCUCUAGCGCGAGCUUACGUACCGAGUGUUGAUAUCACCGGACAGCUGCAAGACUCGUUGUUGGUGUUCGUAAACGCUUUCCUGUUUUCGCACCGCUUUCCAUGGCACGUGCUUCGUUCCCUCACCUAGCCGCCGUCUAGAACACCUUCUCUCCCUCUCUGUCUCUCGUUGUUGAAACUUGUCCAGUAGGUUAUCGAAAUAAACAGCCCUUGCCAGUGCUGGCUGAUU